AAGUGACGCGCCGGUGGCUGACGGGUCCACGAUGGCGGCCGCGGCGGCUUCCCCGGCGCUGAAGCGGCUGGACUUGCGCGACCCCGCGGCGCUUUUCGAGACCCAUGGCGCGGAGGAGAUCCGCGGGCUGGAGCGCCAGGUCCGGGCGGAGAUCGAGCACAAGAAGGAGGAGCUGCGGCAGAUGGUGGGCGAGCGCUACCGCGACCUGAUCGAGGCGGCCGACACCAUCGGCCAGAUGCGCCGCUGCGCCGAGGGGCUGCUGGACGCCGUGCGGGCCACUGACCAGUACUGCUCGCGGCUCCGCCUGGCCGGCUCCACCGCGCCGGGGCCGCCGCAGCCGCAGCCCCCGCCCCAGGACGCCUUCUACCGCGUGGCGGCGCAGAUCAAGCUGCUCUUCGAGAUCCCGGAGAAGAUCUGGAGCUGCCUGGAGGCGGGGGAGCACCUCCGGGCCACCCAGCUCUACCUGCUGUGCUGCCGCCUGCACCAGCUGCUGCAGCUGCAGGCCUCGGGCGCGCCCUGCAGCCCCGUCCUCUCCCGCUUCCCCAUCCUCAUCCGCCAGGUGGCCUCGGCCAGCCACUUCCGCUCCACCAUCCUGCACGAGAGCAAGACGCUGCUGAAGAACCAGGCGGCGUCGGACCAGGCGGUGGCCGCGGCGCUGUGCUCCGUCCUGCUGCUGGAGGAGAGCUCCCCGCGCCAGGCGCUCACCGGCUUCCUCAUGGCCAGGAAGGCGGCGCUGCAGAAGCUCCUCAACCAGCAGCAGCACGGCGUGGGCGUCAAGACCCAGAUCUGCUCGCUGGUGGAGCUGCUGGCGGCCACGCUGAGCCAGGCGCACGCCCUGUUCUACACGCCGCCGCCCGGGGACCCGCGGCCCGACCCCUCCCCGCCCUGCGGCCUGCUCUUCUCCACCCUGGACUCCGUCACGGGCCAGCCGCCCGCCGGAAAGGGCAUCGCUGUUCUCCGCGAGGAGCUGCGGCUGUGCAGCUGGUUCAGGUACCUGCCGGCGUCCAUCGUGGAGUUCCAGCCGGCCCUGCGCACACUGGCCCACCCCAUCAGCCCCGAGUACCUGCGGGACACGCUGCAGCAGUGGAUCCACAUGUGUAACGAGGACAUCCGGAGCGGGGUGCGCGGGCUGCUGCUGUACGUGCGCAACAUGCGCGGCCUGGCGGGCAUCCGGGACGCGCUGUGGGCGCUGCUGGCGGCCGAGGCGCCGGGCUGGGGGCUGGUGUGCCGGCGGCUCCUGGACCGGCCGCUGCUCUUCUGGGAGGACCUGAUGCGGCCGCUCUUCCUGGAGCGCGCGCAGUCCCUGACCCAAGAGGCCUUCGACGCCAUCGCCGGCAGCUGCGACGAGCUCCUGAGCGCGGCCCUGCGCGAGCGCGAGCAGGGGGCCGCCAAGCCCCCGGCCCUGGAGCACGACCUGGGCCUGUUCCUCUGGUCCGAGGGGCCCGGCGACCUGCCCCCCGACGCCGCCUGGGUCAGCGCGGCGCAGCGCGCGCAGCAGGCCCGCGGGGGGCUGGCCAUGAAGGCGCGGGCCGUGAGCCCCUGCGUGCAGGACUUCUGCGCCGCCCUGGACGCGCGCCUGCGCCUGCAGCUGGACGACCUCCAGGCCUACCUGCCGCCCGCCGCGCCCCCCGCGGCCCCCGCGGCCCCCGGGCCCUUCGACCGGCACGCCGACGCGGGCGCCCUGCGGGAGCUGCUGCGCACGCGCUGCGUGGGCUGCGUCCGCCGGCUCGCGGGCCGCGUGGGCGCCGAGCUGGACCGCGCGCAGGAGGCGGCGGGGGGCGCGCGGGGUGCCUCCCCGGCCGGCGCGCUGCAGGCCGCCCUCUUCCUGGCCCGGCUCUGCCAGGCCCUGGGGGAGCUGUGUCCCCACCUCAAGCAGAGCAUCCUGGGCCAGCCGGGGAGCGCCGAGAAGCCGGCCCGGGACCCCAGGCCCCCGAAGAAGCCCAGCAAGGGGCCGGCGGCCGAGCCCGAGCCCGCGCAGGCGCAGUGGCAGGAGGUGCGGGCGCUGCUGCAGGAGCAGAGCCUGCGGGGCUUCCGCGCCUGGAGUAACGCCGUGGUGGACGUGCUGGCGCAGGACUUCACGCAGUCCUUGCUCUUGGAUGACGCUGGCUCAGUGCUGGCCGCGGCCACCAGCUGGGAGGAGCUGGAGAUUCAGGAGGAAGCGGAGUCCGGCCACAGCGUCACCUCCAAGAUCCGCCUGCCCGUGCAGCCGUCCUGGUAUGUGCAGUCCUUCCUGUUCGGCCUGUGCCAGGAAGUCAGCCGGGUGGGCGGCCACGCGCUGCCCAAGGUGACCCUGCAGGAGAUGCUGAAGAGCUGCCUGGCGCGGGUGGUGGCCGCCUACGAGAAACUGGCCGCAGACAGACCGACGAAGCAAGAAGGGGCAUUCCCAGUGACCCAGAACCGCGCCCUGCAGCUGCUGUACGACCUGCGCUACCUCAGCAUGGUGCUGACCGCCAAGGGGGACGAGGCCAAGGGUGGCCGGAGCAAACAGGACUCCAGGACCGAGAAGGUGGUGGACUACCUGGAGGGCCUCAUCGACCCCUUCGACCUGGACGUGUUCACGCCGCACCUCAACAGCCACCUGCAGCGCCUGGUGCAGAGGACGUCCGUCCUCUUCGGGCUGGUGACGGGCCCGGACAGUCAGUUCGCCCCCAGGAGCGGCACGUUCCACUCCCAGGAGCCCCAUAACAUCCUGCCGCUGGCGUCCAGCCAGAUCAGGUUCGGGCUAUUGCCCCUGAGCAUGACGAGCACUCGCAAGGCCAAGUCCACCGCCAGGAGCACGGAGAGCAAAGCCCAGGUGGCCGCUCCGGCCCUCUCCCAAGCUGGUGACCCGUCGCAGCCUGGCUCGCUGUUCCGACAGCUCGUCAGCGAAGAGGAAGACUCGUCUGCAUCGUCUCUGUUCAAGCUCGGCUGGCUCUCGAGUAUGACCAAGUAACGCGGGCCGCGCCCGCCUCGUGCUCAAUUAAUCACUGCUGCCUCCUCUGUUAUGGGAGCAGGCUGAGUCACCGGCAUCCCGGGUCGCCCGGCACCAGGCUCCCUGGAGCUUCUCCCCCUGGCCGUCACCUCCCCAGUUCCGUUCUGUCGUGGAAGGAGACGCGCGUCCUGCUCUGUCCCCCAGAUCCUCUGUCAUCCUCACCAGGAGCCCCCCGGCCCCAGUGGGCCUUGGAUGGCUUUGGGGGGUGGUCAGGGCCCCCGGUUCUCAGCACCUCCAGGGACUCCCGCCCCUGGGCUCAACAGAAGCUGCUGGUGACUCGGCUGUGCGAGCAGGACAAAGGCACCGAGUGACCAGCCUCCGCAGGCCUGACCCCCACAGGGGGGAGUGACAGUCCUCAGGGAGCCGCUUCCCUGGCACCGUGGGGCGGGGCCGGGCCCCUGGACUAAGGCAGCGUGGCGGACAGUUUCAGCCCAAGGCUGAACAAGCGUUCUACAGUCUGCAAAGAAAACUUACGUUGUUGUUGGUUUUUUUCCCCAUGGAAACUAGAUACUCUUUACUAGUUUAUUGAAUUAAAAAAAUUGGAAGAUCCCGCA